AUGGACACCAAAAUACAGCACAUUUUUGGUUGUUCAAGCAAGAAAACAAGUCAAUUUGCCGUGUGCCAAAGCAAGAAUCUUAUUGGCUAUGUAACCAGCGGAGGAGUUGUUGUUUCGGAAGUCGAUUUGAAGGAAAAUGCUGUGAAAUCGCAAAGGUUCUUUUGUGCCAACAAUAAGAAAAGUAAGAGUAGCAGGCAAACCCUCGAGUCAAAUGACUCCAAUGCAAAUGCAUAUCUGAAUCUCGCUAUAAAUUCAGGCUUGUUAGAUGACGAUACGCAUGUGGAGAGUGAUUCUUUGGAGUAUUAUACACGAGAUGGCCUAUCAAUUUCACACGCAAGUGAUUCUGCAAGUUUCACCCCCACGAAUACCAAUGUCUCCAAACUGACUCACAAAGUGCGUGUCAUAAGCUGUAUUGAUAUUUCGUCAGAUGGAAAACUUUUAGCCGUCGGAGAGGAAGGCUACCAGCCUCGAGUGUUGGUUUAUUCCCUGGAACCUAACAGUACAAACUCCCCACUGUUUUGUAUAAGUGAUCACAGAUUUGGUAUAAAUUUGGUGAAGUUUUCGCCCAAAAAUGACAAGUUAUGUUCGUUGGGCAUUUCAAAUGACGGAUUUUUGAAUUGCUGGAAACUUCGCCCCACGUCUUCUUCAAACAAAGUGCUUUUCUUAGGAAGCAAUAAGUGUCUGUCUACUAUAAAUGGACUUAUUUGGAAGGGUAAUGACAUAGUAGUUACGUUUGGUUUGAGGCAUAUACGGCUUUGGAAUUGCUCGUUUAAUGACAGUAUCGAACUAUGCAAGGAGAUAUUUGAGAAAGCUCCUCCGACGAGCCCAACUAAACCACAUGUUCAAUUGAUAAAAGGAAAGAAUGUUAUCUUGAAGGAUUUUAUCAAUAGCAAUUUUUUGAGCUGCUCAUGGUUCAACGAGGACGAAUUGCUGGUGCUGACUGAUAGGUCAGAGAUAGCCUGCUUCAAUUUAUAUGAUGACCCAAUACAACUACAGAAACUUGACGUGCACCUGGCUGAAACCACCAAUCAAAUAUAUCUCGGCGACUCUCUUUACUACAAUAGCGGCGAACUGAUCAAGAGCAUGGAGUUGGAGAGUAUCAAAAUUGCUGAGGAUUUAACAAUUCAACCUACACCCUACUCUCCAAGAAAAACUCAAGUUAGAGAUGGUUUGAUUUCUCUUCUGAAGUUUGGAGAUUUUUUUGCCUGUUUGAAUGACAAGGAUGAAAUUUAUCUAAUCCACAAGGAUGGUACUCUUGCCUGUGUUAUUGCUGAUGCUAUGUUUAAGUGUUCCGUUGACUUCAAAUCGAUUGGCAAGAAGGGCUUGAACUUAUCAAGUUCAGGUGAAUUAGUUCAGUUUGAUUUUGACUCGCAUAAUUUCAAAAGCAUCACACUUUUAAGGUUUCAGCAACCUGGAACGGACUCAUUAGAGCAUGAGUUUUCAUGCUUUGAGUAUUCUUGUAAGAACAGGGAGAUUUUUUUUGGAGAUAAGUUUGGACUGGUUUACUUUUUUAACGAUGGAAAUUUGGUCAAGUCAAUCAAAGCCCAUGAGUCUUCCGUUAAUCAGAUGGUUUAUGCCAAACUUGGUGCUGAUGCCCAUUUGCUUGUUACUGUUGGAAGAGAUAGAAUGAUCCAACUUUUCUUCAAGCAAGGCUCACCAUGGGAAUUAUUUCAAACAUUAUCAAUUCAUCGGGGAAAUUUAUCACAAGCAAUCAUACAUAAUGAGAGAUUAUACGUUUGCUCUCAUGAUAGAACGAUAUCUGUUCAUGAAUUGAAAUUCAAGGAUCAACUAAGCGUCAACUUAUUGAAGGUCAUAUCCUUGAAAAGUACACCAUUAUACAUGGAAAUUGUUGAUAAUGAACUGUAUGUCUCUACCAAUGAUCGGAGUGUUAUGAUAUUCAACCUGCAUUCGUUUGAAGUUUUCAAAACUCUUAAAUUACACAGUGCUUUGAAUAAUGAUUCAUUGUUGAUAGAGAAAUUUUUUGUGGCACAACAAGAUGAUACCAAAUUGCUAGUGACUUGUUCUUCUACUGAUAAAUCCAUAUCUAUCUUUACCUUGAGUGGAGAUUUAUUAAAUAGCCAUUGGGCUCAUGGCGACGCAGUUGUCUCUAUGACCAGAUUGCAGGACAGUCUACAUUUUUGCACAAUUUCCGGAAAUGGUUGUUGUUUCUUCUGGAGUUUGUCAUUUGGACCCUUGAAAGUUGCAGUAAAGAAUGAAAAGAUGGAUUCUUCUUUGUUAGAAAGUCCCACCACGAAGGUUGCUAGAAGAAUCGUCAACUCUCCGAGAAGUCCCCCCAAGAGCCCUCAACCAAAGACUUUAGUUUCCAUGGCAGGAUCUCCAUCCGUUAAAACAGAUAACACAUUACACAGGCUUUCUCCUACCAAAAGACUAUACCCUAAUGGUAGAGUUCCAUUGGGUAGCUCUUCCAUACUCAACUCUCAAACUGUUGUAAAGAACAUUUCUCCAACUAAAUCAUCAAAUGUCUUCGCUGACAAAGGCAGAGACAAAGAACAACAUAUCAAUACGUCCCCUCAAAAAACUAGACCAAAGUCUUUAAUUUUAACAACUCCUAAAAACAGGACAAGAGGCCGACUAGUGAAGCCUUCCAUCUCUGAGGCUGCGGAGAAGUUGAUCUCACAAUUGAAGGAGUUUCAGGCAGAGUUUGAGACUGUUGAGCCUCUGACACAAUCUACCAUUACGGCAUUGAGACUAGAACUCGAGCGAACAUUAUCAUUUGUGAAUGAUGAUGGUGAUACGGAACAUACCAGCAACGAUGAUACAUCAGAGAGGGAUGUUCAAGCUGACAACUCCUCACUUUUGGAAAGUUUCAGCAAUCAGCUUGUCGCCCUGGUAGAGAAAAAACUACAGAUAAACGGCGCAUAA